UCAUUCAGCUGCUGGAGGGAGGAGACAGAGGAGGGCUGUAUAAAAGAGGGACAGGACUGGACUGUACUCACACGGCACAAACUGUACCAGACAUCCAGAUCUGUGAAUCUCUGUGGGAAACAGACCAAACUACCAAACCUAAAGGACGUCAGACUAACUGGGCCACAAUGGAGACAGAGAUGAAGACUCAGACGGCAGCAGAACAGAUGACAGACAGGGAUUUGUCGGAACAAAUAAAAAAGGUGACCAGGGAGAGUCACGUCAGGGCAGAAAACACAGAACUGAUGCUGAGCUUCCAGAGAGGUCAAGUCAGCCUUGCACAAUAUAAGCUCCUCCUGUGUUCGCUGUAUGCAAUCUACCAGGCCUUGGAGGAAGAGCUGGACAAGAACUCCAACCACGCCGGUGUCGCACCCAUUUACUUCCCCACUGAGCUGGCCAGGCUGGAGUCCAUUGAGAAAGACCUGGAAUAUUUCUACGGCCAAGACUGGAGGGACAAGAUCGUCGUGCCUGCAGCCACUAAAAGAUACUGUCACAGACUUCGACAGAUUGGUCAAGAAAACCCUGCAUUUCUAGUUGCUCACGCUUACACCCGGUACCUCGGUGACCUGUCCGGAGGGCAGGUCCUGGGUCGAAUCGCCCAGAAGUCCAUGGGGCUUAAGGGCAACGAGGGUCUGUCGUUCUUUGCCUUCCCCGGAGUCUCCAGCCCCAACCUGUUCAAGCAGCUCUACCGCAGCCGAAUGAACAGCGUGGAGCUGACGGAGGAGGAGAGGAACGGCGUGCUGGAGGAGGCCGUCAGAGCCUUUGAGUUCAACAUUCAGGUCUUUGAUGAUUUACAGACGAUGCUGAAGCUGCAGAAUGAUUCAACACUCUCUAAACCAGUAAAGACGCUCCAGGUCCCUGGAACCAUUACCAACACGUUCCCUCUGCUGAGGCUGGUCCUGGGAUUCUUUGUGGCUGUAACUGCUGUCAGUAUGGGAGUCUACGCUUUUUAGAGACUGUAUACAACAACAUGCACUGUAGAUUUUAAGAUCUCCACUUUUUUUUUUACUGUAAUACUUUGAAUUCUGUAAAUAAGAUUUAAACUUUCUAUAAAUAACAAAAUACUGUGCAAUAUUUUUUAGAAUUUAAAAAGAGGACCACAUUAUGUGCAUUGGCUUUUCAAACCAAUGACCCACGCAAGAACAUAUGAAAUAUUUACGAUUAUAAUGCUGUAAAUGUGUUUUUUAAGAAAAUACUUAAGAAAAGAAAACAGUCUCCUUCAUAUUUGUGAAGUUUUUGUCUGUGCAUAGGUUGGCACUGUUCAUGCAUACAUUUGUUUUUUAAAUAAUGGGUUGUAAGAUAAUGCUGAUGUUCACAGUCCUGCUGGCAUUUUCACUCAUAUUUUGGCCUCUGAUCAUGUGCCUGCAGCUCAUCUGGGACUUGGUCAUAAAAAUGUCACGGUUCCCAAGAUUAAUGAACGCAAUUGUUGGUGAAUCCUCAAGUACAACCAGUUAGUUUUGUUGGCUUUUCAUCCAACUGGCACCUUAUUAAAUUGUGCUAAUGAUUAUUUUCAUUAUUGAUCAAUUUCUUAUCAAUUUCUUAAUUACUCUAUCAAUAAUUUGUUUGCCUCCAUAAAUGUCACAGUUGAUUAUCAAAUCCAACAAAGAUUUACGUUCUGUCAAUGGACAAAAAAAAACAACGACUUUAAAUACAUGUGAUAUGUGUAACUUGGAGAAUACAUGUCAGUAUUAGAAAAGACUCAAAUACAAUAAAAUAGUUUCUGUCCCUUUCCUACCAUACCUGUACAGCAUGUUGGCACAAAUAGGAUUGGUAAAUUUCAGGCCUGUAAUUGAACACAUUUUGUAACUGGACUCACUUAACAGUAUUCCACGUGUGAUUAUGUUGUGUCAAAAUAAGGAGAAAGCAUGCUCCGCAGUGACCUCUUCGGCUUUAUUAAAUAUUUAAGAAAUA